GCACUUGGAGAGAUCAUUUGGUGCAAAUUGCUCAUCUUUCGUCAGUCAUCUCAUCACUGAUUAUCACACACAAGGUCAAUGGAGAAAUCCGGGUAUGGCCGCGACGGAAUAUUCCGAUCACUCCGGCCACCACUAGUCAUCCCAGCAAAACCCCACACAUCAAUGAUUUCCUUCCUCUUCCGUAACGUUUCAUCUUACCCAAACAAACCCGCAUUAAUCGACUCCGACUCCGGCGAAACCCUCACUUUCUCCGAAUUCAAAACCACCGUCGCCAAGCUCUCUCACGCCUUGAACACCCAACUGGGAAUCGCUAAAAACGACGUCGUCCUCAUCUUCGCCCCCAACUCAAUCCAAUACCCCGUCUCUCUAUACUCUGUCAUCGCUCUCGGCGCCAUCGCCACCACCGUCAACCCCCAGUACACUGUCGGCGAGCUAUCGAAGCAACUCAAAGACUCCAAACCCAAACUCAUCAUCACUGUUCCAGAAUUGUACCAAAAAGUUCAAAACUUUGGUCUGCCGGUUGUGUUUUUAGGAUCAGAAACUCCAAGAAAAGGAAGUUUUUCAUACAAAGACUUAAUUUCAAAAUCCCCUUCAGUUUCAGAACUCCCUAAUGUUUCGAUUCGAGGAGACGAUACUGCGGCCUUAUUGUACUCUUCUGGGACAACCGGUGUUAGUAAGGGCGUCGUUUUAACCCAUAGGAAUUUCAUCUCAGUUUCACAGAUGAUAACUUCUGAUCAACGAUUAAUGGGGGAGAAAUACUACAGAUACAUAUGUUUCUUGCCCAUGUUUCAUAUAUUUGGACUUGGGGUUAUAUUAUAUUCCCAAUUACAGGAAGGAAACUCCAUCGUAUCAAUGGGGAAAUUUGAUUUUGAAGGGGUAUUAAAGAACGUCGAGAAAUAUAGAGUGACCCAUUUAUGGGUUGUUCCCCCUGUUAUACUUGCUUUAGCUAAACACGAUGUAGUGAAGAAGUUUGAUCUCUCUUCUUUGAAGCAAAUCGGUUCAGGCGCUGCACCUUUGGGGAAAGAAUUAAUGGAGGAGUGUGCCAAAAAGUUCCCACAUGUUUUGAUUCUUCAGGGAUAUGGUAUGACUGAAACAACUGGAGUUGUCUCUGUGGAAAGUCCAAUCAUGGGCCCACGUCACUCUGGAUCCGCAGGGAGACUUAUUCCAGGUGUCGAGGCUCAAAUAGUUAGUGUCGAUACUGGAAAACCUCUUCCCGUUAAUCAAAUGGGUGAAAUAUGGGUUCGAGGAGCUAAUAUGAUGCAAGGUUAUCUCAAUAAUGCUCAGGCUACAAAGCUGACGAUAGAUAAACAGGGUUUUGUGCAUACGGGGGAUCUUGGGUAUUUUGAUGAUGAUGGUCAACUAUUUGUGGUUGACCGAAUUAAAGAACUCAUUAAGUACAAGGGUUUUCAGGUUGCUCCAGCAGAGCUUGAAGCAGUUCUCCUUUCGCAUUCUGAAAUUUUGGAUGCUGCAGUGAUUCCGUUUCCUGAUGCGGAAGCUGGUGAGGUCCCGAUUGCAUUUGUGGUCCGGUCUCCAAACAGUUCAUUGACGGAAGAAGAUGUUAAGAAAUUUAUCGCUAAAGAGGUUGCACCUUAUAAAAGAUUGAAGAGAGUGACAUUUGUAAACAGUGUGCCAAAAUCGGCUUCAGGGAAACUGCUAAGGAGGGAACUUAGUGAAAAAGUUCGAGCCAAAAUGUAAUAUUUUAGGGAAUUAGAAUAUUUGGAAUGGUUUAUGUAUGAUGAAAGGUGUAGAUUGUUUUGGGUUUGUUUUUUUAUUAUCCGUGGAAGGGUUGUUAAAGUUGGAUUAACGUUUGUAAACGGUCUUUAUUUUUGCAAGUUGAAAUUUUUUUGGACCUUGGUCG